GGAACAACAUUGCGGGGCGAGAUGUUGGUCCGAUCAAUAUUACGGUGGUCUGCCUUUCUUUCUCAUCUUCAUCGGGAACCCUGCACUAUCGGUCCGGGUGCCACUGAAGAGAACUCGAAGGCGCGCUUCGUACCACCUCAGAGCAGCAUUGGGAUGGAAAAGGCUGCGCUUACAAUCCCGGAAACGGAGGGGCGUACAGUCUUGGAGAUGCGAAUGAAUGGACUAAAGGCGUGGCUGGAUGAGUUUGGGGGUGGAAUUGCCUCGUGUGGCGAUAGUCUUCCUUCUAUAAAAAUGCACACGAAAACGUGCGGACAGGAAAAGGUAGACAUCGAUCUGCUCGACCCCUUAUUAACCCUCCCAGAUACAUUUCGUCUACCCAUUCAACUGGAAGGGGCGCAAGAAUACUCAUCACCGAUGCCGCUUAACGACAACGACGAUGACUUUAUGGUGAGGAUCAACGCAGCACUCACAUCCCCUGAGGCCAUUUCUAAGCAAUUAAACUUUCGGAAAGUGUUGCUUGACUUCCGUGAGAUUGCAAACACCCUUCAGUUGCCUUUCUUUUUGGCUUGUGGGACGGCCCUGGGUGCACGACGGGAAGGUUAUUUCAUACCCUAUGACGAAGAUGUUGAUGUUGGGGUUUUCUUUGAAGAUUUGUUGGAUCUCGGUGCAAAGUCUAGUCAAGGAGGGGGUCCACUAAGCGCUCUCUCGGGAUCCAAGAAGGAGUUGAACGAUAUUUCUGCAGUCAGUCUCGCAUCAAAAGCUAUUCUUGAGCUGAUCUUUUUGUUGUCAAACGACUCCAAGUUUAUUGUGAUCGACGUGUGUGGGACUGUUUCAAAGGGGUUGGAAGUGCGAUUUCUGCAUGUUCCUACAUCUGUUCGGUUGGAUCUGAACGUUUAUUACCCCCCACUUCCAGAUGAUAACAAUCUCAUCUCGGCUUUGGCUGGAACUUUUGUGUGGUCUGCAACUUAUUACGCCGAAGCGGACCUGCGAAAACAUCGGAUGUACCGCUUUCGUUACCACCCCUUUCAUGACGACCUAGAGGAUACAACUUUCUGUUUUUCCUCUUCAACAAUGGUAAAAAAUGGGUUUAUAGCCGGAAGUGAAGCACCCAUGAAAUUACCACCCAUCCGGUAUUUGGAGGAGUACUAUGGUGAGGACUGGCAAGUCCCAAAGAAAUUCUCGUACUUUGAAGGACUUGGCGGCGGCUUCAAAAAUAUCAUCGAGGAAUAA